UCAGCAGCUGCCAUUGCGGGAGACGGAGAGAGACACUGGUGAAGAAGGAGAGAAAUAAAGGGGGGGACGGAGUGACAGAGAGGCGGAACGACAGAAAGAAGAAAAGGGUAGCUGCCUCUGGAGGAAAUAAUUGUGAGGGGGCCUCAUAGCGGGAGGAAACGAGCGAGGAGGCAGGCUAGCAGCGGUCCUAUGGCUCAGUCGGCUGCUAACGGUGUGGACCAGGAUCUGGCCAGCAAGAGGCUGCACUCAAGAAUGGAGGCCUCCUGCUUGGAGUUGGCCUUGGAAGGAGAGCGGCUUUGCAAGGCUGGAGACUUCAAAGGCGGAACAGCGUUUUUUGAGGCAGCCGUGCAGGUCGGCACAGAAGACCUGAAGACCCUCAGUGCCAUCUACAGCCAGCUGGGCAAUGCCUACUUCUACCUCAAAGAGUAUGGCAAAGCCCUGGAAUAUCACAAACAUGACCUUACUUUGGCCAGGACAAUAGGAGACAGAAUUGGAGAAGGGAAAGCCAGCGGCAACCUUGGGAACACAUUAAAAGUGUUGGGGCGCUUUGAUGAGGCCGUUGUGUGCUGUCAAAGACAUCUGGAUAUUUCUCAAGAGCAGGGAGACAAGGUUGGAGAGGCCAGAGCACUGUACAACAUAGGGAAUGUCUUUCACGCAAAGGGCAAACAGCAGUUAUGGGGCUGCACCCAGGAACCAGGGGACCUGCCUGCUGAUGUCAGAGACACACUGCAAAGGGCUACUGGAUUUUAUGAGAUGAACCUGUGUUUGGUCAAAGAACUUGGAGACCGAGCUGCUCAGGGGAGGGCCUAUGGGAACCUGGGUAACACCCACUAUCUGCUGGGAAACUUUGUCGAAGCUAUCAAGUUCCACCGUCAGCGAUUAUCCAUAGCCAAAGAAUUUGGAGACAAAGCGGCAGAGCGGCGAGCCUACAGUAACCUCGGCAAUGCCCUGAUAUUCCUGGGCCAGUUCAAUACUGCCACUGAGUACUACAGGAAAACCUUGCAGCUGUCCAGGCAGCUGAGAGACCAGGUGAUGGAGGCUCAGGCCUGUUACAGCCUCGGAAACACCUACACUCUUCUGCAGCAGUACGAGAGGGCUAUAGACUACCACCUGAAACACCUGUACAUAGCCCAGGAGCUCACUGAUAGGGUUGGCGAGGGUCGGGCCUGCUGGAGUCUGGGAAAUGCAUAUGUGUCUUUAGGAAACCACAAACAAGCUCUCCACUAUGCCCGGAAGCACCUGGACAUCUCUAAAGAAAUUGGAGACAGAAACGGGGAGCUGACGGCCAGAAUGAACGUGGAGCAGCUGAUGGAGGCUCUGGGGGUCAAUGAGAGCGACCUUUCACCUUCCAGCUCAGAGUUUGAGAUGCAAGGAGCAAGACCCAAAUUCACCAAGAGAAACAGCAUGGACAGUGUAGAACUCUGGAAAUACUCCUCAGACAAGAAUGGUGAGAACCAAGAGUUGGAAAGUAUCCCCAGGAGGUCCAAGAGUCAGCUGUCACAGCCAGGCAAAAGAAAGGGCUAUCCUGACAGUCAGUCAUCAGAUGAAAGGCCGUGGUUGGACUCUCCUGUGGACACUGAUGACAUCACUGUGCAAGUCCCACCUCCAGUGGCAAAGCUGGGCCGUGACCCCUCCGAUGAAGACUGCUUCUUUGACCUCCUCAGCAAGUUCCAGAGCAGCCGCAUGGAUGACCAGCGCUGCCAUCUUGAUGAGCCACAGAACGGAGACAACGGAGAAGGUGCUGCGAACUCCGUGUCGUCCCUGAAUGAGAUGAUAGAUCCUGCAAUCACCACCUCCCCCCAGACCGAGGAGCUGUUUGAUUUGAUUGCUAGCUCCCAGAGCCGCCGCCUCGAUGACCAGCGGGUUAAUGUCGGUAACCUUCCAGGACUGAGGAUUACCCAUAACAAUCUGGGACACCUGGUGGGUGAGGGAGAUCAUCAGGAACCCAGCGAUGACUUCUUCAACAUGCUUAUUAAGUGCCAGUCCUCUAGGAUUGAUGAUCAGCGGUGCUCCCCACCAGAAGCCGGCCCACACGCCCCCACAGUGCCUGAUGAAGACUUCUUCAGUCUAAUCCAGAGGGUGCAGGCCAAGCGCAUGGACGAGCAGCGCGUCCACCUGCCCUCAGACGACCAGGACGACCCUCCGUCCCCCGACCCAGAGCCGCCUGGUGGUUUUUCCAGCUAGGACUCGGUGAAUAAUGCUGCACAAGUUUUUGUCAAAGAAAAUAAAAAAAGAAGAAAUGAAAGAGGGAUGAGCCAACAUUUAAAGGCAGCACUGAAGGGUGAACUAACAAGAUUUUUAAUAACAAGACAACUUCAAUGUGCAAUAGGUGGUUCCCUGUCAAAUGUUGCUCGGUGUAUUAUGUUCUAAAUAUUCGUUAAUGUAACGGGAAAACAAGCAGAAUUUAAGCUCAGAAAGUACGUUUUGGGGUAACAGGAAGCAAACAUGAAGUAUGGACUCAAUCUAAUGCCUUAAUCAGCAUUUUAUUUUUCAGACUCAAGAUUGUAUUCCCUGGUGUCAGAUGUGUUCUGUAGGAACACAUAAUGGGCAAUGGCCAAUUAGAGCACGAGUCGUAGGAAUCACAAAGAUUUAAUGAUGGGAACAGAGUUGAUGAAAACAUGAGAACAGUGACAGAUUUGCACUGAAUCAAAAAGACGUAAAUGAUAAUGUUUAUACCAACUGGCUUUAUCAAACAAGUUCAACAUUUGACAAAUGUACAAAUUCAGUUGUACCUUAUCAUUCAAUCUUUGUGCUUCCCCCUUCUCAUAGAAAACUGGUGUUAUUUGUGCAGUAACAGUAUUAGGACACAUCAUCCAGUGUUUAAAAAAACAGCUCUAGUCAGUCGAAACUCUCCACUGAUUGAUAACCAUGCUUCAUUUUUCCUGACUUCAACAAAGUAAUACGAUUCAUUUAAAACAACAGACUGAGUCAAAUAGGAUUUACCACAUAAAUGUUAUUUAUGUGCAUUUCUGCAUUUCUAAAAAUGCAUCUCUUCACACAGUAUGCAGUAACCAUGGUUACUGCGCAAAUGAUACAAAAUAGCUGCUUCUUUUAGAGAUUCAAGACUAGCGUUGUGUGAUAAUUCAAGCUCCAAUUAACUGUUCUGCUUAGCUUUUGAAAGUAAUGCUAUCUGCUGCCCAUACUGUUCUCAACAUCUGAUAACAGACUACUGCUUACUGCCAUUUUUAUUAUUACUUAACAUAGAAAUAGAGACGGAUGAGAUGGAUGUGACAUUUUGAGGAUGAUAAUAAUAUCAUGAACAAUAUUGAAGUCACUAAUUUGAGGUUGUGCUGCAGAUGUGCCGCCUCCCUGUGGUCAAACCCUUGUAUUACCUCUGUGAAAUACAGUGUAAUCCAGUGGGGAUAAAAGGUAUUCCCUACUUCUGAAUAUUUUUAGGACAAUGUAAUAAUAAGAAUAAUAUUGUGAUACAGUACAAGUAUGACGGUUUUGUGAACUUUCAGCAGCAAGUUUUGCCAAUUUGUACCAUAAAUGGGGAGAUUUUUGCUAAUCAUUUCAUAAAGGUUUCAGUUACAUGUACAUUUCUAUCCAUGCGUUGCAGCAAAAGUUCCAAAAUCAGCAAGAGAGGUACAAACUGCAACAAGGAAAUUGUAAUCAGCUAAGAUUUUGAAACCUUUUCUUGUACAGAUUAUCUGUAUAAUGGUACUUAUAUAAAAUAAUUGACCUAACCUACUGGCUCGCUUUGUAUUCAAAAGUAGUGCAUACCUCAUUUUUGUACCUCAAAGCUCAUGAACCUUCGAGAAGCUGACCUGGGAUGGAUCAUUUAGCAAGUUCAUAGUGGCUACGUUUGAUUCAUCUAUCUUUGAUAAACAACACAUUUGGGAGCUAAAGUUAAUAUUUUCUUCUUUUUCUCAGUUUUUUUUGUGAAUUAACAUUUUUAGAAAGUACCUGGUACGCUUCUAUUUGUCUUUGCCAUAAUUUGUACAUAUAAAUAUAUUUUGUAUUUAUGUUCCAUUUGAGGACAUGAAUAUGUCCCCUCAUGCUUUUAAUAAAAUGUUUC